ACUAGACGACUGGAGCAGUACGUGUGGUUAUCAUACCCCACCUCUAUAAUGGGGUAUUAUCUCUGACAUUGUAAUGGGUUCACGGCCUGCCUGUUUCUUAUCUCAGUCUUAUCUGUUUAACUCGUUUCAGUAUGUGAAUACGAGUCUGAUCUGACUGUUAUCUGAGUCUUAUCUGAGUCUUAUCUGAGUCUUAUCUGACUUCGAGAACAGUUCACUGCGUUCCUUUUUAUGUUAUCAUGUCCAGUUUCUUUGUGGCGGAUGGUGCUCUAGAUUUUAGAGUUUGGUGGCACUUAUCUAACUGUUUAAAAGUUUGGUUAAAACUAGAUCAUAAUUGGAUCGGUUUUAAUUUGGUUAUACAUCUUAGUGAUCUUCAUAAGCAAUAACUUUAGAAAACUUGCUACGGAUGUUAGCGUUAUGAUUCCAAUUUGUAUUUAUAUUUUGGCUCCGAAAAAGUGCGUUCAGUUCAGUUUUAUUUUUGAAAAGUGGCUGCUUGAUAAUUUAAAAAAUAAAAACAGCCACUUAAAAUUCUCAAAUGCUAUAACACAAGCAGCUGUGCGAUGUUGAACUUACAAUCCUUUUUUUCUGGAUAAGAAUGAGUUCUACUGUCCCAAGUUAAAGUUAUUGUUCUUAUAGUAAAAUACUAAAAUAGUGUGCAUGCAAACGCGUCAUGGUCAAUUGUCCUGUUAGCUGUAUUACAAAAUUUUAUAAAAAUAAGACAAAAUGUUAAGAUUUUAAAGAAAAGAACCGUAAAAUCACAAAGUUGCUGUCUUUGUUUAGACACAAAGGUAACACGUGGAGAAUCAUCAAAGAGAGACAGAGAGAGGGAGAGAAAAUUGUAACAAAGAACUGCCCACUAAGAAGUUUUCUAUAUAAAAGGGGUAAACCUCGGAGAGCAGAGCAGUUGAAGAAUUUUAAGAAUAUGAGGGUCACAGUUAUCUAUUUGACUUUUGCUGCUACCAUCUUUGUACUAGUGAGUGUUGUAAAAGGAGAAUCUAGCGCAGAGGAACUUCAGCCGGAUCUGGAACCUCAAGCUCACACUCUCUUUGAGAAGGAGAACCCAAUUGAUCCAGAAGCUCACGGAGUCUAUACUCUCUUUGACGGGGAAGAAGAAUUAGGUCGUGAAGCAACAAACUCCGUCCUGAAGACCAGACGCUCUCUUUACAAGAUCCUGCGUCAGAAGCAAAAGAGCCAGGCUCUUCUGAAGCCGAGGAGUGCAAGUAGGAGGCGUUCUCUGUACAACAUUGUCAGGAAGAAGUCGAGGAAACCAGCGCCUCUUCCACAAGCGCCUCUUCCUCCAGCUCCAGAACCUGUUGUAAUACCUCCUCCUGCACCACGUGAAUCAGAUAAAGGAGAUCGGCUAGGAAAUGAGGGCUUCGUCGAAGAGCCAGAAGUCGAGGAGCAAGAAGCCAAAAGUGAAACCGACACUGAGAAGAAGGUUGAAACAGAAAGUGAGACAGUUACUGAAAGAAAUGAUUCGGAGACGGACACCUUAAAGGACAGCAGCCCCAUUGAUAGAAAAUCCACUCUAGGAAAUACACUGGAUGGUGGGAGAUAUCGCAGAGGGAGGUUGUGAACAAACCACAGAAGAUGAGAGAGUACCGGACUGGUUGGAAUUUACCAAGGAUCGUGCAGCAGAAAGGGCAGAGAUCGUCGUCAGUCGCAGCGAUAUGCUAGCCAGUUUAUUGUGUAUAUAAUGAUUUGAACGGAAGAUUGUAAUGUGAUAAACCCUUUUGGAGUGACCGGAAUGAUUUAAAAGCAAUUUUUUCAUUGUAGAUUAAGAGAUUACUUGUUGUUUCUUUGAUUGUAAGGAUGUGUUAUUGAGAUUUAAAAUAUAUUUAUUUCAUUAUCU